AUGACUACAACGGCAGCAGAUGAUCUCAACGACGGGUUGGAUUACGCGUUUGAUGGAACGCUGAGCGACGGAGACAAUAACGGAUCUAAUUCUGAUGAAGGUGCUGUAUUUCUGGACGAUGAGAUUUAUUAUGGAGAGUCUGGCGAUGGGCCUUCCUCGAGCAAGAAACGCGGUGCUCCUGAAUCAAACACCUCUGACGCGUCACAACAACCGGCGUCGAAAAAGGCCAAGAAGAAGAACAAUAAGAACAAAGGUCCGUCCAAGUCAUCACGGAAAGAACAAGGUGAAACUAUAGCUGCUCAAAAGUCCGGGCUUGCCCGGCGGAGUGAUGUGCCUGCACUUGUUGCGGAUUUUCUUUCAUCGGCCCUGAGGCAUCGUCACAAGGACUUGUCGGCUGUGGAAGUUGCAGAUAUGAGCAUUCCGGAAUCGCGUAUUGCAGAGACUGGAGAAAUUGCGUUCCCAGGAGACCGAGACUUAGAAGAGUACGGGCGGUUUUUCGAACAGUUUUUCGGGUCAGUGUUUGAGGCGAACCGCAAGGUGUGGGGUGACAAUAAAGAUGACAAGAAGAAGGAUGAUAAGAAGAAGGAUGAUAAGAAGAAGGACGAUAAGAAGAGCAAGAAGGAUGACAAGAAGAAGGACGAAAAGAAAGAUACCAAAAAUAAACAAAAGCUGAAAUACAUUGUGGUGCUUGCAAGCUCUGCCAAACGCGUUUGCGACGUGAACCGUGCGCUGCGCAAAACCCCUGGUGGGUCGUUCAAGCUGAUUGCCAAAAACGCGCCCGAGUAUGAUGCACGCAUGUUUGCGACGGCCCGCAGCUGUGUUGCCGUAGCCACAGUGGGCCGUCUACAGCGUGCACUGGAUGCUGGGUACCUUGAGGCUUCACAGAUUGCUGCCAUUGUUGCCGACUCGACAUAUCUGGAUCCCAAGGCUCAGCAUGUAUGGGAUCUUCCCGAGACCAUUCCAUUUGUGCGCAAACUUCUUGAUGAAACUGAUCCUGAAACUAAAUUGUAUUUAUAUUGA